AUGUUAAUCCGUCUCCGCACGAGGGACGGCACCGAGCGCGUCGAGGUCGACGACAAGUGCACGCUCUCGCAGCUCCGCACCGUCAUCGAGGAGAAGUUUGGGGUGCCAACCUCCGACCAGCGCCUCUCGUUGGACCAAGGGCUGCUCAUGUCCAAGGACCCUCACGCGUACGACGACCUGAAGCCCGGUCGCAAGAACGACGGCAAGCCACUCAAGUCGCUCAAGAUCGAGCACGGCACCAUCGUCUACAUGACCUACUCGGUGGAGCGCAAGGUGACGGUGUGCACCGCGGCGGCGCACAACGAUGCGCGCGGGCUGACGGGCGGGAAGAUGACCGUCGAGGCGAUGAUCGCCGCGCAGACGCGCAUCGAGACGCAGGAGUCCCCAAACGUCGAGUCGCUCUCCCUCGACGGCCACGCCGCCAACGCGUUCCAGGCGUACGUGAACGGCACCCUGGGUUUCAACCAGAUGCGGUUCGGGUGGAUGUACGGGACGUGCUCCGACGACGGUGAGGUCAGGGUGCACGCGAUAUACGAACCCGAGCAGGAGGGCACCGAGGACGCCUUCGUCGUGGUUGAGGACGCCGACGAGGAUGCGCGCGCGGAGGCCAUCGCGGAGUCGCUGGGCAUGACUCGCGUCGGCAUGGUGUUCAACGUGACGACGACGAAGGAGAGGCCGGAUUACACCAUGAGCGCGUUCGAGAUUCGGCAGAUGGCCAAGUACCAGUCCAAGUACGGCGACAAGUUCGUCACCGCGGUGGUGAUGAUGCUGGAGGACGAGGACGAAGGCACUCCGCAGGUGAGCUUCGAACCAUUCCAGGUGUCCAACCAGUGCGUCAGGCUGUACUCUGAGGGGUGGUUCCACGACGAGCCGUGCGAGAAACCGGGCCACACGCGGCUGACGAAGGAUGUCGUGGUGGUGGACAAGGUGAGCAAGGACGUGACCGAGGUUGACAACGACAGGUGGCUGGUCCCGGUCAAGAUCCUCGACCACGAGGGGCCGUGGCGCACGAGCUUCCCGAUUGAGAACAGGCUGCACCCGGUGCAGACGGUGGAGGACCUCAAGGACGCGGUGAGCAAGGGCGGGCAGUACUGCGUCAAGCUGGCGGACUUUCACCUCCUCCUGUUCCUGUCCAAGCACCUGGACGCGAACGACAUGGCAAGAUCCCGGAGGGAUACCAGCUCAUAAUCAACAGCCUGGCGGGCGUCGGCUUUUGAAAUCUAAUUCUCUACGUUUACCCCA